AUGGUAGGCCUAGGGCCGAGUGAUCAAGGACGUGAUUCCUUUGAUGUGUGUAUGGUGGCACGUGAAAUUACACCGAGUGCGGUCGGCCGUGAGAGCACCGUACUGAAUGUCGGUAAUGACAUUGUUGGCCAUAUGCCAUUUAGUGUGGGAGGCCGUGAAGGCACCACGCUUAACGCCGGUAAUGGCGUUGUUGGCGAUUCGCCACAUUGUGUGGGCGGCCGUGAGGGCACCACACCUAAUGUCAGUAAUGAUAUUGUUGGCGAUACGCCGUAUAGAGUGGACGGCCGUGAGGGCACCACGCUUAACGCCGGUAAUGGCGUUGUUGGCGAUUCGCCAUAUGGUGUGGGCGGCCGUGAGGGCACCACACCUAAUGUCAGUAAUGAUAUUGUUGGCGAUACGCCGUAUAGUGUGGGCGGCCGUAAGGGCACCACACCUAAUGUCAGUAAUGACACUGUUGGCGAUACGCCGUAUAGUGUGGACGGCCGUGAGGGCACCACACCUAAUGUCGGUCAAGACAAAAGCUCUCGUGUAGAGCGUACCAUGGUUGGUAGUAACCAUGGGGACAAUAUUGUCCCGACCCCUAAGGGGAGUAAGGUCUCGAAGAGACAAUCGAGACGCCGAGUAGCAGCUGUAAAGCGCCAGGCGUCCUCACAGUCACAUCGUGAGAUUAGCAAUACACUAUAUACACUUGUUAAUGGAGUGACUGGUCAGGUUAAUGGCAACGUGAGCCUCGAAACCCUUCCAUCUGUGGACGCUCUGUGUGAGCUAGACGAAAUGUCUGAUGGCGAGUUUAGCCAGGCCUUGAAGGCAGGAGAAUUAUCCGAGUUAGCGGUCAUUAGACCUGAUACUGAGUUGAAUUCUUCCUCGUUAUUGGAUGAGUCUGUUUUAGAGGAUACAAAGGCGGCACUUAGUGCACGAAGUGGAUCUUCGAUCCUUAAAGAUCCUUUGGAUCCGUUCUAUCCUUUAGUCAAGGAUUUCAAGAUGUGGUGUGUCACAACCCACCUUCUGCCGUACCUCCAGAUAGAGGUGUACGUCAUGAGAUUGACUUGGUUCCUGUAA